UCUUCUGCUCUCGAGACAGCUCAGGUUGGUCCAUGCUAAGAGCAAGGAAGCUCCUGUAGCUUUAAGAGCUCCACCACUUCGGCAAAAGAGGUAGCAGCAGGUGUCCAUCACAAUCGCCCUAAUCAUCACCUGCAUAUCUAGGAGUUCCCUUUGGACGUUUCUUUGCUGCAAACUUCUCCGAUCUCCAAUCAUGUCAUCAUUUGCAACAUUCCUUGCUCUUUUCGUCGUUUUUGUCUGCAGCAUGAGUACCAUGGCCAAGCCGACAUCAGCGAAGAUGAUUAUCAUAGAGACCUUAGCCGAUCUCGAGGAGCAGCAGCAAGCCGAGCUGCAGAUCGAAUCCUUCAUCGGGGCUCCCGCCAACCAGGAAGUAGCGCCGACAGACACGACAGAAAUGGCUGACGAUAGCGCAGAUGUGGAUAGCGAUAGCGCAUCGUCCGAAUCGUCGGAGGAGGAAUCACCUACCGAUACAGGCACGGAUACGGACGCGGAUACGGACGCGGGUACGGCCGAUGGUGGCGCCGCUGCCGUCAUCUCCAAUGGUGGAGUCUUACCAAUCCCAAACAUCAAUUUGGUCAACGAAGCCAACACUGCAUCUGGAAACCAACUCCCAAUGAAAGGUCAACACCUGCCCAGUAACCAAGAUGUAAGCCCGACUGCGGCUGUAGGCGUCGCCAUUGCCGCCAUGAUCAUGGUCGGUUUCGUCGUGGGAUCAAUCGUCUUCGUUAUCAAGAAAUACAGACACAACUUUCCAGUCGUUGUACGAGUAUAACUUCAUGAGACUUAGGGCCUACUGUGAAAUAAAUCUUUUGGGAAGUCGAAGGGGUGUCGGCGGGCGGAUUUUUAAUGUAUAUUUAUAAUCGUACCAGGGGGGUGUUUCACAAAG